AUGCCUCCCGCUUCCGCCACCCAGAAGCUCAAGGACGAGGAGAAGGGCUCCCGAGCUUCAAGCGUCUCCAAGGACCCCGAGAGUCCUAGCUCUGAUGGCCAAGAGAGUAGCUACUUGAAGGAGCUGCAGAAGACACUUCGCAAUGCCAUGAAGAAAUUGAACUCCCUCGCCAAAGUCGACGCCAUCAUCGCUGAAAACCCCGACAAGUCGCUUGAUGAACUGAUUGAGGAGAAGAAAAUCAACAACGACCAGAAGGCCCAGGCCCUGAAGAAACCUACCAUCCAGGCCACCAUUGCCCAGGCCGAGGAGCAGAUUGGUCACUACAAGCAAUUCGCUGCCCAACACGAGGACCGUUUGGUUGCUCAGAAGGCCGCGCUUGUCAAGGCGCACGAGGCGGAGCUCGAAGCUGUCCGUAAUAAUGCGAUUGCCGAUGCGACUGAGGCCUCCAAGAAAGCACUGCGCCAGCAGUUCUAUACCGUGACUAAAUUCUUGUGCGCCGCGGCCAUCCUUCGACGCGACGGUGAUGCCGUCACCACCGAGAGCCGUGCUUUCGAGGGUGUUCUGUUCGAGGUGUACGCUGGCAACCAGUCUGCAGUCAAUUCGCUAUUGAAGAUUGCUGAGGGUGCCGAUGAAAAAGUCAAUGCCGUUGAGGGGACCACUCUUGAUUUUACCUAUGGCGAUGUGAAGCAAGCAUCUGACAAGUUCGCUCCUCCUGAGGAGACUACUGAGGCUGCCUCAGAGGCAACCCCCACCACCGACCCUACGACCGACCCUACCGUAGCCAACGCUGGACUGACCGAGCUCCAAGAUACCUCUUUCAGCGCCCAGGCCGAGCCCGUGGCUGCCCAAGCUGAUCAGCUGGCCCCUCCUGCGCAGACUUUGGUUUCUGAUGCUGGAAACCCUAGUGCGGAGCAAACUUGGGCUCCUACUUCCGAUGAUAGCAGCGAAUGGGUCAAGCUUCCUCGCAACCCUGAUGAGACUGACACUGGCCUACAGGCUACUCCGGCUAGCGCUGAUAUUGUGACUCAGGAUGAGAAUGGUGCCAAGGCCGGUGGACGCCGCCGUCACGGACAGCGUGGUGGCCGAGGCCGGAAUGGCGCUAAGCGUGCUGGUGAAGGUCGUACUGAUGAAGGUCGUACUGGUGAGAGCCGUACUGGUGAGAGCCGCGGCCGGGGUGGACGACGAGGCGGUCGAGGUGGACGUGGUCGAGGUGGUGCAAGCGGCUUUGCCUCUGGCUCGGCAGAAGUUCCUGCUUCCAGCGAGUAG